GUCACUUCAAGAAGCAAAAUGGCGGAGUCAAAACUAGCCCGGAGUUAUUUAAAAGCUCGGAUAAACGGUUUUUAGGUUAAUUGUCUCAGUAAUUUAUCUAAAUCGCAUCAAAGCGGGGCGACAAAUCUUAACAAUCAUAAUAUUGUGUUUCAUGUGAGGUUUUCUGUACUCGUUAGAUAGCGGCAGAAUAACUCCGGGUAUAAUUUAGUGGCCAAUGGUUUACCACAAACUAGCCAUGUAGCUUUUGUGAGUGCUGCUGCCACAUUUGUUUGUUGGUUUGAUCUGUAUACGUCUUAUUUAUUCAUGUAUAAAAAUGGACAUUCUAAAAGACGAUGAGCUCAAGUAUAAACCCGGGGGGCGUUUGGACAUGAGCCACGGCUUUCUGCACCAUAUUCGGAGGAAUCAGAUUGCCAGAGAUGACUAUGACAAAGAGGUGAAGCAGGCCAAAGAGCUGAAAAGGAGGAGACACACCACUGUGCCGAGACGCCCGCGCAGACCCGACAUCCAGGUCUACUAUCCUAAAUGCAGAGAUGAUUCGAAGGCAGAUCCAGGAGGUGAGGCAGAUGACUGUAGUGACAGCUCUGGCUCACACGCUGAGGGGGAGGGCCCCACAGAGCUGUUCUGGCUGGACUAUCAAGCCGACUGUGGAAGUGUGACCUCAGUCCUGGUGCACAAGGAGGACAAACCAGAGAAGGUGGUGGAGUGUGUGGCAAAGAAGAACAUUUUAGAUGAGGCCAUGAGAGCAGCUCUGAGUGCUCGUGUCCAGAAGGAGAUGGACAAGAGACGAGACAAGUGCUGACAGUGGACACAUACAGAAGAUAUGCCCAGACAAGCAGUGACAGCGGACACACCUGUGAGGACCAUAAAGUGUACAGUGAGGCAAAUAAGUAUUUGAACACCCUGUGAUUUUGCAAGUUCUCCCACUUAGAAAUCAUGGAGGGGUCUGAAAUUUUCAUCUUAGGUGCAUGUCCACUGUGAGAGACAUAAUCUAAAAAAAUCUGGAAUUCACAUUGUAUGAUUUUUUUUUAAAUAAUUUAUUUGUAUGUUACUGCUGCAAAUAAGUAUUUGAACACCUAUCUAUCAGCUAGAAUUCUGACCCUCAACGACCUGUUAGUCCUUCUUUACAAAGAUGGACCAUUUGGAUGAUCCAGAAUAGUCAUGAGAGAAAGUCAUGUGGUCAGAUGAGACCAAAAUAGAACUUUUUGGUCUUAAUUCCACUCGCCGUGUUUGGAGGAAGAAGAAUGAUGAGCACCAUCCAAAGAACAUCAUCCCUACUGUGAAGCAUGGGGGUGGUAGCAUCAUGCUUUGGGGGUGUUUUUCUGCACAUGGGACAGGACGACUGCACUGUAUUAAGGAGAGGAUGACCAGGGCCAUGUAUUGCUAGAUUUUGGGGAACAACCUCCUUCCCUCAGUUAGAGCAUUGAAGAUGGGUCAUGGCUGGGUCUUCCAACAUGACAAUGACCCAAAGCACACAGCCAGGAUAACCAAGGAGUGGCUCCGUAAGAAGCAUAUCAAGGUUCUGGAGUGGUCUAGCCAGUCUCCAGACCAAAACCCAAUAGAAAAUCUUUGGAGGGAGCUCAAACUCAGUGUUUCUCAGCGACAGCCCAGAAACCUGACAGCUAGAGAAGAUCUGUGCGGAGGAGUGGCCAAAAUCCCUCCUGCAGUGUGUUCAAACCUGGUGAAAAACUACAGGAAACGUUUGACCUCUGUAAUUGCAAACAAAGGCUACUGUACCAAAUAUAACAUUGAUUUUCUCAGGUGUUCAAAUACUUUUUUGCAGCAGUAACAUACAAAUAAAUGAUUUUUAAAAAUCAUAAAAUGUUAUUUCCAGAUUUUUUUUUAGAUUGUGUCUCUCACAGUGGACAUGCACCUAAGAUGAAAAUUUCAGACCCCUCCAUGAUUUCUAAGUGGGAGAACUUGCAAAAUCACAGGGUGUUCAAAUACUUAUUUGCCUCACUGUAAAUAGAAGUGGACUAAGGGACGCCAUACUGUCUGGCUUCAGUCAAUUGAAGCUAAUCGAGGCUAGCAGUUACAGCAGCUAUUUUAGGACCUAAUCCUAUAUUUCAAAGCCCGAGUGUGCAUUUCAUGGCAGCCAAAGAGCCAGACAGGAACGAGGUUAUUGAAGGUAGAUGCCCACACAGUUAGCUCUUCUAUAUACAGUCUAUGGUUAUAGCCAGAUGAAAUGGCCAGGGGAUGAGACAAACCAGUGCACACAUGUAAGGACAGAGGACAUGUCCAAAUGUGUGCAAAUGUGAAACUGCCUCCUGGAGCUGCUGUGAGGAAGGGCGAUAACAAGGAACAUUCACUUUGACAGCGGCAGUCAUCUGGACACAUGGCAGCCAUUAAAUGUUUACACUGUAAUGUUAGUCAUGUGCCACAUGUUUAAAGCUUCACUAUGUAACUUUUCUGAUGUAGUAAACAGUAAUAGUAUAUAUAAAUGUCCAUUUAUAUAUACAGCUAAACGCCAGCCGCUGCGUUCCAAAUAGCAAUCAAACCAAGGUUUGAUUAACACUCUUGUUGCUAGACUCCCACUCCCCGCUAAACCAGUGGUGGAGGCAGAAGGAGGCAGUAUUCCAUUCAAAAGGCUUAUUUGCGAUUGGCUCUUUGUUUUCAUUUGGUUGCAAGAGAAUGCAUGGGUGACGUCACAGCCAUUUCAAAUAUUCAACCAUAGGUGUUUAUAUCAUAGACUGUAUAAUGGAUAAGUUUAUUGCCAUACUGUGGAAUGUUCCUCACCAGAAAAGUUCCACAGUGCAACUUUGUUGAUAGUAAAGUAAGAUGUAGAAUUACAGGAGUUAAGGUAGAAAUGUAAUGUAAAACGUAGGGGGAGCUCCACUGAGGAAAAUGGGGGUUUGAGAACAACCUGAGGGAUGUGGGCCAAAUAUUUAGCCAUACUGUAGGGCAGAUAAAUGUAUUGUGUGGAACUGCAUCUGGCUUAAACCUGAGCCAAAUUACUCACAAGAAGGGUUUGGUUAUGCCACAUUAUAACUUUGAAUAUGUUUUAUUUCGUAACUGAAAAAUUGUGUCUGAUCAUUUUUCUUGUAUUGUCUCUGAGCCAAACAAAUAGAUUUGUCCAUAACCCAUGUACACAUUUGCUAUUUUUUUUUACUUAUUACUACAAUUGUUCCCAGAUUUAGCUAAUUAUUAUUUGGCUCAUUGGGCUAAACAUUCAUCCUCCAACCAGAGGGUAACUGGUUCAAACCUCAGCCAAGUCAAAUACUUAAUGCUGUUGUAUCCCUGAACAAGAGCAUUUACACCCCAUCGCCUGUGCCAGUCAUAGUUAAGUACAUCAGGAUUAUAUUGUAUUAUUAUUGUAUUUGUAUUUUUAAGUGUUGGUUACUUUUUGUGCUAUAGUUUUAUACUGUUUGUGAAGGUUUGGCUUUUCAUAUAUUUAUUUAGUGCUUUAUAAAUCCUUUAUUUUUGAUACAGUCAUUUGCAUGUAAAAUGGAUUAUGCACAAAAAUACACAUCUCAACAGCCAUAUCAACACUGUAAAUAAACAUCUACACCAGUUCAAAUGUAGUUCAAAUGUAU